GGGUGCCCCGGAACCUGGGGCCCUCGGAUGGAGAAGGGGGAUGAAGCAGGCCAGGUUUGGAACAAACACGGGAAGGGGGAAGACGGCCGGCCGUGAGGAGGGGCGCCUGGGAGAAGUGAGGCUGAAGGCAAAAAGGAGAUUGUGUGUUUGGGGGAAGGGAAACCAGAGCAGGUAUGGAGGCCGCAGCUCAGAAGGUAGCUGUGGGGCCAGACUGGAGACCCCUGGGUGGGCUUGAGGGGUGGUGACUGGAAGAGGGGAGCCGGGGCUUCCCAAAUCCUGGAAGAGGAAGAAGGUGAUUUGGGCCAUCAGAGAGGGAAGGAGGCAGAGACCACUGCUGAGGGGCCAGGGAGUAGGAAUAAGGGUGGACCGAGGCCCAGGCCCGGCAAAGGACUGGGGGUGGGGGGGAGCCACAGGGAGUGGAGAUAGAUGGUUGGGUGGCAUUUUAGAUGCCAUACUCAGAGUGCCCCCACCCUUCCUUCGGCAUCCCCAUGGUGCCCUCAUGACCUGCCGCCAAGCUUCAGGGCCCAAGAGGGGGUGAGGAGUCAGAAUGUCUUCCCCUUCCCCAGCCGGGUGCUAUACGCAUGUAGGCCCUGGUCAGAACUCCUUGUCUAUAGGUGUGCCCAGUUCCGUGUAGCAGAUUUCUGUGUCUGGAGGUCUGAGUGUGUCUGUGGGUGUGUCGGUGGGUGUUUAUGUCUGCGUGUGUGUCUGCCCGUUCCCAGGUUUGUGUUUACCUAUGCCAAUCUAUGUGUCCGGUCCUCUGUUUGUAAAUGUAGGUCUGAGGCUGGGUGGUGGUGUGUCUGAAUGUGCGUGUGUGACCGCAGGGGGCUAUACAUUCUGGGGGCCUGUCUGUGUGGUAGAGGAUGUAUUUACAUAGGAUGGGAGUCUGUGUAGACAUGAUCUCUCCAAAGAGUGUAUUUGCGGCUCUGAACACUUUUGUCAAAGUGUGUGGCUCUGUGGGCACAUGCACAUCUGUCUGUGUGUCUGUGGCUCCUAGAGGCUUGUUGGGUUUUCUGUGGCUCUCGUGUUUUCUUCUGUGAGGACUUGAGUCACAUCUCUGCUCCUUAUUCUGUUCCAUUCAUUCCUGGCCCCCACCCACCCCACACCUUUCUUUUUUUUCCAUCCCACCCUUUCCCCACCAAGUGGAUCCGGGACCCAGGGAGGGCCGCCCCCCGGGCCUGGUGGCGCUGAGCAGGGCCCCCCAGCCCCCACCUCCUGCCCCACGACAUGAACCUCCUCUACCGAAAAACCAAGCUGGAGUGGAGGCAGCACAAGGAAGAGGAGGCAAAGAGGAGCUCCAGUAAGGAGGUGGCCCCUGCAGGCCCGGCAGGGCCUGGGGCUGGCCCAGGGCCUGGGGUUCGAGUGCGAGACAUCGCCUCACUGCGCCGCUCCCUCAGGAUGGGCUUCAUGACAAUGCCUGCCUCCCAGGAGCACACCCCUCACCCUUGCCGCAGCGCCAUGGCCCCACGCUCCCUCUCCUGCCACUCUGUGGGCAGCAUGGACAGUGUGGGUGGUGGCCCUGGGAGUGGCAGUGGAGGUCUCACAGAGGACAGCAGCACCCGAAGGCCUCCAGCCAAACCCCGGAGACACCCCAGCACCAAGCUCAGCAUGGUGGGAUCUGGGCCAGAAACACCCCCCAGCAAGAAAGCAGGCUCACAGAAACCUACCCCAGAGGGCCGAGAGUCCAGCCGGAAGGUCCCUCCACAGAAGCCCAGGCGAAGCCCCAACACUCAGCUCUCAGUCUCCUUUGAUGAGUCCUGCCCUCCAGCCCCCUCUCCUCGAGGGGGAAACCUGCCCCUUCAGCGCCUCAGUCGUGGUUCUCGAGUAGCUGGAGACCCUGAUGUGGGUGCCCAGGAAGAAGAACCUGUGUACAUUGAGAUGGUGGGAGAUGUCUUCAGGGGAGGAGGACGAAGUGGAGGUAGCCUGACUGGGCCACCCCUUGGGAGUGGAGGCCCAACCCCUCCAGCUGGUGCCGACUCAGACUCUGAAGAGAGUGAGGCCAUAUAUGAGGAGAUGAAGUACCCACUGCCUGAAGAGGCAGGGGAGGGCCGGGCCAACGGGGCCCCCUCAUUGAUGGCCACCUCCCCUCCACACCAGCCUCAUGCCCUUCAGCCCCACACUCACCGCCGUCCAGCUUCAGCCCUCCCAAGCCGGAGGGAUGGGACACCCACCAAGACCACUUCUUGUGAAAUCCCUCCACCUUUCCCCAACCUCCUCCAGCAUCGUCCUCCGCUCCUGGCCUUCCCCCAAGCCAAGUCUGCUUCCCGAACCCCUGGCGAUGGGGUCUCGAGGCUACCGGUCCUUUGCUACUCCAAGGAGCUAGCCAGCUCCACCCCAGCUCCCCAAGUGCCUGCACGGGAGCGAGAGACGCCUCCCCCACCGCCUCCGCCUCCUGCUGCCAACCUGCUGCUGCUGGGACCCUCAGGCCGGGCCCGGAGCCACUCGACACCUUUGCCACCCCAGGGCUCUGGCCAGCCCAGGGGGGAGCGUGAGCUCCCCAACUCCCACAGCAUGAUCUGCCCCAAGGCGGUGGGGGCGCCGGCAGCCCCCCCUGCCCCAGCCGCCUUGCUUUCCAGCACACCCAAGGACAAAGCCGUGUCUUACACCAUGGUGUACUCAGCAGUCAAGGUGACCACGCACUCUGUCCUGCCAGCUGGUCCACCCCUCGGGGCUGGGGAGCCAAAGACGGAGAAGGAGAUCUCAGUCCUCCAUGGGAUGCUGUGCACUAGCUCCAGGUCCCCUGUGCCAGGGAAGUCCAGCUCCCACAGUGGGGCCAUGGGUACAGCAGCUGGAGUCCUCCACCACCGUGGCUGCCUGGCCUCCCCUCACAGCCUUCCAGACCCAACUGCAGGCCCUCUGACUCCUCUCUGGACCUACCCAGCCACAGCAGCUGGGCUCAAGAGACCCCCUGCCUAUGAGAGCCUCAAGGCUGGGGGGGUGCUGAACAAGGGCUGUGGAGUGGGGGCCCCAUCCCCCAUGGUCAAGAUCCAGCUACAGGAGCAAGGGACCGAGGGGGGUGCCUUUGCCAGCAUUUCCUGUGCCCACGUCAUCGCCAGUGCAGGGACACCAGAGGAGGAAGAAGAAAUGGGUGCCACGACAUUUGGGGCAGGCUGGGCUCUGCAGAGGAAGGUCCUGUAUGGAGGGAGGAAGGCAAAGGAGCUGGACAAGGUCGAAGAUGGUGCCCGGGCCUGGAAUGGCAGUGCUGAGGGUCCAGGCAAAGUGGAGCGUGAGGACAGGGGUCCUAUGGCAUCAGGGAUUCCAGUGAGGAGCCAAGGGGCAGAGGGCCUGCUGGCCAGGAUUCACCAUGGAGCAGACCGAGGAGGGAGCCGCACGGCGCUGCCCAUACCCUGCCAGACCUUCCCCGCCUGCCACCGCAAUGGAGACUUCACGGGAGGCUACCGCCUGGGGCGCUCUGCCUCCACCUCUGGAGUCCGGCAGGCCGCGCUCCACACUCCCCGGCCCUGCAGCCAGCCCAGGGAUGCCCCAAGCCAGAUCCACCCUGCGCUGCCGCUGCCGCUGCCCCUUCCGCCCCAGCCGGCCCGCGAGCGCGACGGCAAGCUGCUGGAGGUGAUCGAGCGCAAGCGCUGCGUGUGCAAGGAGAUCAAGGCGCGCCACCGCCCCGACCGAGGCCUCUGCAAGCAAGAGAGCAUGCCCAUCCUCCCCAGCUGGCGGCGGGGCCCCGAACCCCGCAAGUCGGGCACCCCGCCCUGCCGCCGGCAGCACACCGGCCUCCUCUGGGACACUGCCAUCUGAGGAGGGCGGGGCGGCCGGGGCUCCUGGACUAGGGAGGGGCGGGGAUUGCUCGGCCCUAAAGGGAGACUUGCCUUGAGAAACACUAAAAGACCAGGUGAGAGAGCGCCAGGGAGAACCCCUGCCCUCCACCCCAGCCCCCAGCGACGGGGAAUCUGCUAUGCCCAUCGGGCUCUGAGUGCCAACAGCACCCUGAGAAAUUUGGGGGAGAAGGAGGGUUUGCUUGAGGUUGGGGUGAGGCCCCCCCUGUUCUCCCCACUGAGCUUGGUAGACUCUUCUCCUGAGAGGUCAUGGCCAAGCCUAGGUCAGCAUGAGGAAGAAGGGAAGGGUUGGGGAGGAUGAAGGGGGGGUGGGUCAAAUGAAAGAGGGUCUAGAGAGUGAAAGGUAGAGAAGCUCUUUUACAGAGAGGAGGGAGUGGGGGAGGGGUAUUUAUUUUGUUAUUUAUUUUAGUCUGGUGGGCAAUUCUGGGCCCUUCUUACCUACUCCUGAGCAGGGAGUGACAACUUCAUGCCAAGCGUGCACUCUCCCCAAUGCCAAUGCCUGAAGGCCCUGCCAUACGUGCCCUCCCAAAGCCAGGGGUGGGUCUGCUUUCCCAGGGGAGUGAGCGCAAGGAGAGGCUCAGGUGAGCCGAGGCCACAGACCAUUUACAGUAUUUACAGUUUGCCAGAAUUUGGUAGUGAGCGUGGCCUGCUCUGAAACAGGCAUCCUAUUUAGUUUCUGGGGUGAGGGUCUAGUGCCAGGGAUGGGAGGGAUGAUGGGGAAGGAGGGAAAUUUUAGUGGGAGGGGUGGGGUGGGCAGGGUAUUUAUUUAAAUUAAAAAAACAAAAAACAAAAAACA